GAGCUGGCUGGUGUUGGUUCUGGCGCCUCGUAGAUUCAUCCGUGUAGGACAACAGACUCCCGUGCAUCGGUCAUCUCAAGUGCUGCCUGUGUCCUGCGAGUGGCGGCUUUGUAAUUACUAGACAAAGCUCAGUACAAGGAAAAAUAACAAGCGAUUCUCAAAACUAAGAACCCUGCCCAAGCACCGCGUUGCUUCAUAGGCAGAAGAGUGGCUUCAGCUGCUCAGGCUCCUUUUUCCUCGCCUUCCUUCAGCUUGGCGAGAUGGACGAGGCCUGAGGCCUGAGCGGCGGCCACUAGUACACUAUGCUGUCGUGUAAGUCUUUUCAUCCUCUAAAAGUUUCAAAGCACAGACAGCUCUGCCAUGUUCAAACCAGUGGUGAACUUAAAAUUCGUCGAAUUCAUGGUAUCGUCAGUCAGGCCAGGCCCAAGAGAUCCGUUGUCUUGUGUCUCUCUGGGUUCCUUGAGUGAGUCCACAGGAAAAGGCAGAUAGUUAGGACAAGCGUCAACAUCCAGUAAGCGAACAUAGGUCAGGUCAAUCAAGAACCUUUAUCUCUCAAAGAAAUGUUAAUAACACUCCUCCUCCUCCUCCUCCUCUUCCUCCUUCUCCUUCGGCCUAUCGCUUCAUGCUUCCUUGUGACCAAAAUUAAGACCACAAUUAUUUUAGUUUUGUACGAAUCUCGGGUAUUAUAAAAAAUGAGUAGAUUUCUGGUAAUUGAGCGGACACGGUGGGGUGUGAGUAGCCACUAAAAUCUCACCAUGGCCGUUUGAUAGCCAGAAAGCUAUUCCUUCAACAUAAGAUCUGAGAGACAUUCAAUUAUAUGAUAUUUUUGCUUUCUUCAUAAUGUUUUACAGUGCCAUUUUUUUAUUUUUUUGAUAUCCAUGUUUUGGAACCAUUCCAAGAGUGUUGAACAAAAUUCGCUUCUGAAUAAUAUUUGUAAACUUCAUAUCAACCACAGUCCUGCAUCCUUGGAAGCCCAAGGAAGGCGUUAGGGCUUACAAGGUAUUCAUGAAAAGAAAAACAACUCGUACUAUUGUCUCGGCGACUCGGGAAUUCAGAAUAUAAGCAAUUUGCCUUCUGGAAGAAAGGACAAUUUUAAUCCAUCUUUGUUCACUGACGGAAAUAUAUCUGAAAGACCUUCUUGACGCUCACUAACUUUAAUUAAAAGUUCACAUCCAGGAAUGAAUUAGUGAUUAAAGAAUGUUCCGUUGAGCAUUUACGUAAAGACUUUAUGCUUUCAGUGACUAGCCAUCAUGUGUCUUGCACCCUAAUGACGCUUGAAGUAAGAGAGAACACUGAAAUAUUCAACAAAAAGCAAUUGUGUAAAAACACUGGGAGCCAUGUGGUGGACGCCUGGCGGCAGUGAGCAGCCGAGGGCCGCCGCCACGCUGCCCGCCGGAGUGCCGCCACCCGGUCCCGGCCCCGGCCAUGCAGCCAGUCGCGGCUGCUGCUCGAGAGAAGCGAAGCUUAGAAUUGCCUUGUAUACACAGGCACGGGUCUUGGGUGUUCCUGGAGCAGGAAGAAUAAAGGACAACACUGAUGAAGAGGUGAUAUCAUUUAUUUCAUGUCAAGAACAAGGAAACGAUUCUCUUGUGACUGCCGAGUCGCCUUUUCUCUCCAUUGAAGGGCGCCAGCACACACAUGAAGUAUUCAAAGGGAGAAAGCUAAAGGAAAAUGUUGAUCUCUGCAAAGAAAAACCGAGGAACGCUGAUGGUGAAAUCUCCGGCACCGGCAGCCGAUGGGCACCGCCUCGCGACCUGUCUGCCCCGCCGGCGAGCAUUCACACUCAUGUUACAGGAUUAUCCGCGCUGCCCAGCCGCCGUCACCGCCGCUCCUGGAACUGGUUCAACGAGACGGGAGGAAGACGCUUACCCCCACGCCUAAGGACGCGACUCCUAGGAACCCCGACGUGGGCGUGGCUGUGGGCGGCGGCGCUGGUGGUGUGGUGGUGUACUGCCGCAGCCACGGCGGGAGACUGCCGCUUCCCGGCCAACCAAACCUGUCCCAGCAUGUACCUGAGAAACCUCACCCACCUGGAGGACCUGUGUGCCUGCGCCAAGGUGUCCGGCUGCCUCCACCUCUCCCUGAUCUACGUGAAGGACGAAAACGAAGAGCGGUACCUUCAGAGCCUCUCGUUCCCUCACCUGCUGGAGAUCACCGAUUACCUGUUUAUUUACGACGUGCCCAGACUCAGCACCCUCGGCAAGCUCUUCCCCAACCUCUCCGUCAUCAGGGGCGAGAGAGUCUUCUACAACUACGCACUCGUCAUCCGGAAGAUGCGUGACCUGCAGGAGGUCGGACUGUUCUCUCUGACGGCGGUGCUGCGGGGCUCCGUCAGGGUGGAGGGGAACCCCAGGCUCUGUUUCGCCCACACAGUCGACUGGGACGCCAUCACCUCCUGCCGCUUGGACAGGAACGUCAUUAAGAAAAACAAACCCCAGUGUGAUGAGCCUUGCUCGGAGCGAUGUCGCGGCGCCAAGAAGUGUGAUAGGCUGAGGUGCUGGAACCAAGAUCGCUGCCAGAUCCUGUGCUCCGAUGGGUGCCAGGGACGAUGUGUUGCCGGGCCAGCGGCACCCCACCACCGCGAUCUCCACCCCCACCGCCCCCACCACAUGCGACGCCCCUCCUCUCCACGAAGUCUGCCCCUUCUAUUCCUCUCCUUCCCUCGCCCCCUCUCUUCAGUGUCAAUAGUUAUUUUCCAAAUGCUCUUUUCUCUGUCUGGAUUUAGAAGACCCUGA